GUUUAGAGGAGGAGGGAAACAAGCAGCUGGUACCAACCCGGAUCAGAGCACCAGGAGCUUGAGCUGACCCUGCCCCAGUGCGGCUCCUAAACCAUCCCAACCUGGGGUGUUUCCGGCUGUGACCUCUUCAUGCUGCUGCUUAAAGGGGAAACUGAGGCUUGGGAAGGCGAAAUGAAGCCAAGCACAAGAAGUCCCCCAAGACUUAAAGGGAAGUCAGGAUCCGAAUCUGGCUCCCAGGCGUCAUUUCUGCCUUCGCCUCUCUCUGCACGGAGGAGUUGCUAUUAAUAACAUCCACUCUGUUGUAACAUAAUCAAAGCCAUCCUCCCUCCAUGUGCGAGCUCGUCCAGCGGCUCCGACCCUCCCUGGGGGAUAAACUUCCCAAGAUUUGCAACUCAGCCCUUGGAAAGCUCUUUGCGAAGGGAAAACCGCCCUGGCCGGAGCAUCUGGUCCAUACCUCCUGGUCCAUACGGGACCACCGCAGCCCAGCCGGGCAUCGCUCCGCUGGGCGAACUGCAGCAAAGCCUGGAUCCGAGCGCGGGGCUGCUCGGUCCAGCCCUCGGAAGAGUCAUUUCCUGCCUCCGCUGGGACGCCUGGAGACAUUCCCGAGCCGCGGCGCCGAGCACCGGCGGGCGACACCGGAACGUAGGAUGACCAAGUUCUUGAUGGCCGCGCUCCUGGUUCUUCAUCUCUCCCUGGGGAAUGCUGAGCUGGAAGGAGAAGAGGAUAUCUCAGAGUUCUUAUAUGACUACGCAUCUCGAUUCAGUGAUUACUUGUAUGCGACUGUCGAGUACUAUUCCGAGAACAGCACGAUAUUGCCCACCACGUACUCCUAUGGGGAAUACCAGGGGUACCUGGAGUACCAGGAGUACCAGGAGUCCCACGAGUCCCAGGAGUCCCAGGAGUCAGUGGGAUCAGCCCUGCGGUGCCACGUCCCCAUCCUCAUCCUCAUCCUCCUGGGCUUCCUGCUAUGACCCCAGCAGCGUGCUCAGAAGGCACAGCAGCUUGGAUGGAGACCAGGACACGGGCACGGCGCUGGGAAUGACACCACAUCCUCCAAGCGGAGCCGGCGCCUCCCUUUGCAGUGACUCCAUGUGCGAAGCUUGCAGUGGAUGGAUGAUGCUGUCCCGAGCCAUAAACGUUGUGCAAACACUGAGCAGCUUUGUACUGAGCGGGUUCUUUCCUCUUCCCUCUCAUUCCGUUGUAAACGUGAAUUCCUGCCAAGGAAA